CGUUUUCCUCCGGGAGUUGCGGUAUAAAGGAGAGGCCCGUGCUCCUCGACACCCUCCUUCCUGGGAUCUGCGAAACACGGCACGAUGACUAAGGCCCCUUUCUCCGUGGAAUGGCUGUCUCAGAGUAGCCAAGCUCUCAAGAGCCCCACCGAGGGCUCCCCGCACCGAGCAUCGUCCGCGGGCCACCGACCCGGCUCCGGCUCCAGCGCCGGGCAGAGGGAGCGGAGCCAGGAGCGGCCCGCGGGCCCGCGGGACGGGCGCGGCGGCCGGAGCAGGGAGCGCACGGCGGCCGCUCCCGCCGCAGGUACCGCGGGACAGCCGGGGGCUCCGGCGGGGGCGGCGGGGUGGGACCCCCGGCCCGGGCAAGCACGCUGCGCGGGGGUGCUGGACAUGGAGGGGGCGGGCGGUUCCCCAGGCGGUGCCGGGUCUGGCUGACCCUUUCCUCCUCGUCCCCGUCCCCAGGAGCAGGCGGGAGGCCGUCGGGAGCGGGGCAGCCCGUGCCAGAGGAGGGUCCCGAGUGCCCGGGCCCGGAGGAGCCCUGCGGCCGCGGCGGGCGGCGGCUGCGCACGGCGUUCAGCGCGGAGCAGAUCAGCACCCUGGAGAGCUCCUUCCAGCGGCAGCAGUACCUGGGCGCGGCCGAGCGCCGGCAGCUGGCGGGCAGGAUGCGCCUCUCCGAGGUGCAGAUCAAGACCUGGUUUCAGAACCGCCGGAUGAAGCUCAAGCGGCAGCUGCAGGAGUUGAGGACGGAGCCCUUCUGCAGCCCCGCUCUCCCUUACGGACCUCAGGGCGCUGUGGUGCCCCUGCCGCUCACCUACGUGGCCCGGCCGCCGGCUCUGCCCCGGCAAGGGGCGGCCUCCGAGGCCUUCCCGGUGGCGGCCCUGCCGGCACCCGCCCUGGACAUCAGCAGCGCCUGCAGAGCACAGCCAGCUGGCUUUUGGGCAGCACCCUGCUUUGUAGGGUACCGGGACCCCAGGGCCUUCCUGCUGGGUGUCUGACCCUCUGACACCAGCUAGGACUAAAGAGGAUUUGCACUACUGACAGAUAUCUGGGCUGCCCUCGUCCGUAACUGCUUGGAGGAGUUAUGAUGCAGCACCGAUCUAAACAUUUACAAAGAUAUGCUGGACAAUCUGAAUCAUGGACUUCAGGCCCUUGCAUUCGUAGGCAAUUGUAAAAUAUAAACGGGGUGGGACAAACAAUAAUAUAAAUGGAAUCUUUUAAUAAACCUAUUUUUUCCAGC